ACAGCCGUGACACCCGGACGUGUUUUUCAUUACUCCGUUUAGUAAGUAGUUGAAGAAACAGAAACCAUAUCAACUCAAACAUCUCUAAAUUUUAAUUUCCAACUCUUGUGAAAGCUGCGAUAAGAAAUCAAGAGAUUAAAUUUGACCGCAUACUGCUUGCGAUAAACUGUGGAAAAAGAAAUGAUUUCUCGAACUACAAAGCAGCUGCCGUAUCAAAAAUGUGGAUGAAACACUAAUUAACGAAGAAAUUAAAGUGGUAUCUUGUCCAGUCCGGAACUGUAAAAGCCUGGCAAUCUAGAGUCAAUAAAAUCUUGGAAGGCCUGUUUUACAGCAUUGUUGGAAUUAAAUUUUUUUCCUAUCAAAGUUAUCCAAAUUCUGGAAGAAGUGGUAGUCAGUGGGUGCAAGACAAGUUUAUUUGGUUAACACCUUCAAGUAUUACAUACCAACUUCAACGUGAUUAUUUUGAAAACAAAACAAAGCAAAAAAAAUGGGGCAAUUGACAAAAGAAGAAACUAAGACUGAAAUUAGGAAAUUACCAGAAGAAAGGACAUUAGAAAGAGACCAGCAGUUUCUUUCUGGUGAGGAGGGUAAUGUUAGUGAAGAAGAGGAACAACCUAAAGAAUAUAAAGCCCCAAACUCAUUAACUGUUGGUUCUGAGUCUGAUGUUCUCGAAAGGAAUUUUUCAAAUCUUACUAUAUCAGAUCCCUCAAUGAAAUCAGUUGAAUUAGCUUCUGCAGGAGAAGAAUCAGAAUCAGAUGAGGAAACCGAUGACAAUUUGAACAAAGGUGAAAGCUUGAAAAGAGGUCCAACUAAUGGUGUACCAGUCAGUCUUUCAAGGACUCAUGAAGCUUAUUUUGCCUCUUCCCAAGAUCAUGUGUUUACUGAGAAUAAAUCUAAACGAUCAUAUGAUUCUCAUGAUGUACAAUACUAUAAAUACCAAAGACCUGUUUGCAAACCCUGUGAAUUGAAUGAGCCUUGGCUCAGCAGUAGUUUUCCAGUGACAAAUGGGGGAAUAAUUUCAGUUAGUGGUGAAAAUUAUGAAUCUGACAGUGCUCGAAGUACACCAUAUACACUCUCAGAGUGCUCAAGAUCUCCUGAUCAAAAUGAUAAUCAGAGUGAUCUUGCCAUUUUAAAUCAAGAAAAUACACUGGAUGAUUUGAUGGCUAUUUUACAAGAAGAUAACAAUAAAAAUAUGUAUCCCACCAUAUGUAAGGAGGACUUUAGUUCUUCUAAAAUUUCUCAUAUAAAAAACAUUAAAGAAACAUUGAAGAAUGGCUUCGAAGAAUCCACUCCUAACAAUAUUCCAGAAACUUUUAAUAUAGAGGAUCAAUAUAAUAAGGCUUCACCUCCUCAGUGUGUUCCUCAGCUUCUUGAUCAGCAUUGUCCCAACUUUGAGAUGACUGAAAGUCUAAAUGUAAAUAUUACUGAGCAAGAAAAUUUAAAUCGACUGGCUGCCAUUUAUGAACAAAUGCCAGGUCUGAAAAACCGUGGGUCAAGUUCAAUGGAUAAGAACGUUCAAGAACAGGUUUUGCUAAAUUCUUUGAAGCAGAAUGAUACACCUAAUGGAUGUAGCAUCAUAAAUGCUCCUCCAUAUAUGGGCCAGCAGUUUAUAGAUGGUAACUUACUCAAUAUCUGCAGCCAAGGGCAAAUUGCAAUGAAUGAGAGUAACCAAAUCAGAUCUAUAAGGAAUUCUGGUGGUGAAAGGAAAUCUGUAAUGAAUAUUGGCCUAGACAAAUGUACCACGAUAAUGGGUUCUGACCACCAGUUGCAAGGCUUGCAUAAUUAUGACCAAGAACAGAUGAUAAAUGGAAGUGCUGGCCAACAACAACCCAUAAGUGGUAGUGGCCAAAGAGUGAACAGAGUUAGUUCUGUUUGUCAAGGACUAGCUGAAAUGAAUACUGGUAGACCAAAUCAAAAUGUAAUGAAUACUCGUAACACAGCUGGGACUAUGAUAAAUGCUGGUAACCAAGGUCGUAUUAUGAUGAAUCCUAAUAGUCAGAAUCAGGUUAUAAUGAAUGCUGGAAUCCCAAGUCAAGCCAUAAUGAAUGCUGGAAGCCCAGUUCAGACUAUAGCAAAUGCUGGGAGCCCAGGUCACUCUAUAGUGAAUGUGGGGAGUCCAGGUCAGCCCAUAAUGAAUGCUGGCAGCCCAGGUCAGACUCUAGUGAAUGCUGGUAGCCCACAUCAGACCAUAAUGAAUGCUGGCAGCCCACAUCAGACCAUAAUGAAUGCUGGCAGCCCACAUCAGACCAUAAUGAAUGCUGGCAGCCCACAUCAGAACAUAAUGAAUGCUGGCAGCCCACAUCAGAACAUAAUGAAUGCUGGCAGCCCACGUCAGAACAUAAUAAAUGCUGGGAGCCCUAGUCAGACCCUAGUGAAUGCUGGCAGCCCAAGUCAGACUAUAAUGAAUGCUGGCAGCCCAGGUCGGACCCUAGUGAAUGCUGGCAGCCCAAGUCAGACCAUUAUAAAUCCUGGGAGCCCUGGUCAGACCAUAGUGAAUGCUGGCAGCCCACAUCAGAACAUAAAUGCUGGGAGCCCAAAUCAAACCAUUCUGAAUGCUGACAGCCCAAGUCAAACUAUUUUGAAUGAUGAUGAACAAGAACAGAUUAUAAUGAAUGCUACCAGCCAAGCGCAGACUGUCAAUAUGCGGCAAAACUGGAUAAAUUCUCUUGAAGGGCAAAAUCUGCCUUCAGUUUCGGUACCAUGUACGGUAAAUCCCAAUAAAUCCCCACUGAUUUAUUCCCCUGUUGCUGAACUUGUUGGACAAGGCGGUCAAGUUUAUUCUUCCCAAUCGCCACAUGUUAUAAUAAAUGGGACCACAUCCAAUCUACAAAAUCCUACUGUUGUUACACAAGCACUACCUAACCAAACCACAACUCCAGGAACCUUAACAUCAACAGCAGUCUCUUCUACUCCUCUCUUAGUGUUGAACCCCCCACCACUGUAUAUCAUGUCACCUACUUCAAAUGCUCUUAUCCUUGUUCAAAAGCCACAAACACCAACCACAAAAUCUUUACCAAAGCCAAUUUUACCCAAACCUCCUGCAUCAGACAUCAAACCACCUUUGUCAGAUGAACACGUUUUCCCAAAGCAUUUCAACACUCCCAAGAAGGGAAAAGCUGUUUUCAAUACUGAUACUAAUGGACUCAAACCAGGUACAUCUCAUCAGACAAUAGCUCGCCGCUGUGUUGCUUCCAGGACUGAUGAGGAACUGCUUGCUAUUGACUCUGAUGGCAACAACUAUCUCCAUGCUGCUGUGUGCGUAACUGAUGUUAACAUGGUUAAAGCUCUUCUUGAGAGAAUUAAACGGAUAAAAAAAAUUGAAAUAAUUAAUGACUGCAAUUCUUUAAACCAAACACCAUUAUAUUUAGCUGUAUGUUACAAUAAGCCAGCUGUUGUGUGUGAACUAGUGCGUAAUGGUGCCAAUCCAAACAUACCUGGAGAGAAACGACGCAGUGCUCUACAUUGUGCAGCUACACAGGGAAAAGAGUUCAACCUAACAUUGAAACAACUCUUUGAAUCAAAGAAAAUUGAUCCAAACAUUAAGAACAGUGAUGGACUAACACCACUGCUCUGUGCCAUAAUGGAACAUGGAAAAAUUGUCUCCAGAAAUAAUAAAAAUGUCAUGAUUGACAACUGUGUUAAUGUGUCUUUGUUACUGAAGAAUGGUGCUGAUCCAGAGGUAUAUGAUGGCCGAAAUGGUAUGACACCCCUGAUGCAUGCAAUUGAACGCAAAGACAUUAAUUUAAUAGAAGCAAUUAUGAAACAUGUAGAUCCUGCAAAAUUUCAGAAAAUGCUCUCAGCAACGACAUUUAGUGAAAGAACAUGUAGUAUGAUUGCUGAAGAAUUACAAAGUAAAUACGACCCCAGUGUGUAUCGGAAGCUGACCAGUAUUUUGUCACUCAACAAAUGAUUCUAUCAUUUGCAUUUUGGCAGAAAUUGUUAUUGGCAAACCCCUGAGUUGAAGUUUUCUGUUAAAUGCUGUGAAUCUGUGAGCAGCUAUCAGUCUUCCCUAACAGUUAGCUCAGAAAUGAUGGCAUCUGUUUAUAUAUGUACUUGCUGUAUGUGUUGAACCCAAAUACAUCUAGAGUACAGACAGAUAUGGUAAAAGCUUGUACAGAAUUGAAGCAUGUGGUUUGUCUUCAUGAAUCACUUGUUUGUAAGGAACAGUUUGUUUCUUUGUAAAUAACAUUUCCUACUGUAGAUUUGAACUGAAGAAAUUCUUUUUGUGCUGUAUAUUAAUCUCUUAUAUGAUCUGUGUAUAUGUUAAUAAUAUGUGUGUGUAUGUAUGUACAUUAAAAUAGCUUUGUGUGCUUGUAUUUCCAUAUCUACUGUUGGUAAUUUGAAAAUCAUCUUUUAAAUAGUUUAUAUUUCUUUGUAGACACUGUUUUUGAUCUCUGCAAAAAUGCAGUUUUGUGUGUGAACUAUAUCAAUAGGGCUAAAUAGAGUUUUCUUAGAAUGUUUAGUUUCAGUUUUAAGAAAACAUUCCUUUCUAGAUAAUUUAUUAUUCUUAUUCUCUUUUUAUUAUUUUAAACAUUUUUUUAAUGUUUUCCUAAUAAACUACAGUUUAUCUUAA